AUGUCAGGCGUGCAAUCCAAAGCGGCUAGGCUUCAAAAGGAGCAGAAAGAAAAGCCAUCAGCAGACGGGGAAAGGAAAAUGGCCACAUCUCCGUGUUUAAAGCACAACGACGUACCGGCAGCCAUGAUGAAGCAGUUUAAUGCUUUGAUGGAAAUGCAAGAUGCAAUGUUUGCAGAGAUGAGAGAAACCUAUAAAAACGAUAUAAAGGAAGCGCUGUUGCAACGCGCAGCACCCUGGGUGAAGCUUCUGGAAGAGCGGAGAGAACAGCAAGGAGAUGCAGCCUCAGAAAGGCCAAAGCCAGGAGAGAAAGUGGAAGAGGAAUGUUCUGGAACAGAUGAGGACACUGAAAACAUAACUGUGAGAAGCAAGGAGAAGAGGAAGCCGGAGAGGAAGCAGGACAAAACUAAACAACUCAACAGCAGCCCUGCUGUGAAACCGUCACUAGAGAGAGCAGGAGACGCCCUGCAUCGUGAACGCGGGAGGUGUGGAGAGAGCAGCAGCCUUGUAGACUCUCUAGAGAGGGAGUCCGGGAAGAGUGGGAAGAGUGCGGAUGAGAGACCGGCCGAAGAGCCCGGCUGUCAGAAAGCAGAGAACCGUCUAAAGGCCCCGGAAGAGAGCUCGCCGGAAGGAGCCGGAGCCACCCUGAGGCUGGCCGCUGACUUCUCCGCAGCCACUCUGGAUAUCCGCAGGCAGUGGGGCCAAGUCUUCCGCCUUCUGGGAGAACGGGAAUUGGAGCCCGAGUUGCAGUGCACGGUGAAGUUGGCAUUUAAGUGUGACGGUGAAGCAAAGGUUUUCUCAGACCUCCACAGCCUCCGACAAUUUGCCAGCAGAAAGCCUUUUCUGAAGGAGUUGCUGAAAGAUGUGUUCCCGCAAAACGAGACGAGAAGUGAAGGAGGCAGAAGAAACGAGCUUCAAGAAAGAUUGGGUAAAACUCUAGGAGACACGAAGCACGAAGCUAGAAGAAUGGCAAGUGACAGUUUGAGUUUCCUGUUCAUCAAAGAGGUAAAAGUGGAAAGUCCAGAGGUGAAGACUUACGAAGAAGAAACACUGGAUCAGAAAGAUAAAGAAACUCUCAAGAAGCAAGAGGCCUCAAGGCUAGAGGGGGAAGAAGAGAUCUCAGAGAAACAGGGAGAAGAAACUUCAGAGGGAGAGGAGGAGGAAGAGGACUCAGGGGAGGAGGAAGAGGGAGAAGAGAACUCAGAAAUGGGGAAAAAGGAAGAAACCUUGGUACUACAUGACGCUCGAGGCUCAACCUUUCAGGGCCUUACUGUGACAGAAGAGCAUUGCGCUGAGAAAAUCACCAGGAGUGCUGAGGAGAUUGGUUUAGUUAGUUUGGUGAUAGACUCUGAAUCAGAGGAAGAAGGAAACAGAAAGACGUCUUCUCAGACUAAGAAAAAGGAGACCUUCCAUGGACUUAAAGAACUUGCCUUUAGUUACCUGGUUUGGGACUCUAAGGGAAAAAAGCUGGUGAAAUGCCAGGAUGGUGGAGCAGCUGCCGAGUCUGGUCAAAGGUUUGGGAUACCGUGUCUGACCUUAUAUUUGGCUUCUCCAUCUGAAUCUCUAGGGGCAGGUAGUGAUGGUCCUAAAGGCUGUUCACGUACAAAGUCGAGUGUUCCGUCUCAAGCCACUCCACUUCUAAUGAACACAGAAAAAGGGAGGUGCAAGACACCGCAAAUAGAAGAGCUAAUGGGCAAAGAGGCAGACUUGAUCCAUGAAACCGAAGAAAACUUUAGAAGAGGCGUGAUCGGCGUUAUCAGACAGAUGCAGAGGGAGGUGGAAAAUAUCAAAAACCUUUACUUUUCAGAUAUCCUAAACAUGAAAAGCUCAAUGGAUGAUCUGAAUUCCUUAGCGUGCAUGAUUGAAGCGAGGGUGAACGAACAGGAAGAUGCCUUGGAGGGGUUGGCCAAGGAGACGCUGCAGUUGGCCAAGGAGAUUGUUGAUAAAGAAAGGCUGAGAGAGAGAGAGGACAGAUUGCGGAGCUCCAACAUCCGAGUGAUAGGGAUUCCAGAGAAGGAAAACCGGGAGAACGGAGCGGAGGACAUAAUCAAGGAAGUAAUUGAAGAAAACUUUGCUGAGCUGGAAGACCAGAGUCUUGAGAUUGUCAGUGCUCAUCGAAUCCCCAACUCAGUGGAUGAGCACAGGCUCACGCCGAGACACAUCUUGGUGAAGUUUUGGAAUACUGGCGAUAAGCAGAGAAUUCUAAAAGCUUCCAGAGCCAAAAAAGAAAUAACCUACAGAGGAGCCAAGAUCAGGAUGACAGCCGACUUAUCACCUAGUACUAUAGAUGCAAGGAGUCAGUGGUCCAGCAUCAUAAAAAUUCUGCAAGAAGAAGGCUUUCAACCGAAAAUCCUUUAUCCUGCCAAACUGGCAUUUGAUUUUAAAGGUAAAACCAAGGUAUUUUUGGAUAUUGAAGAAUUCAAGAAGUUUAUCUCAGAUAUUCCCUAUUUGAAAGAACUGUUUAACAAUAUGCCUUAGCAAUCUGGAGUGCUU